AUGAAGAUCACUACUCGGCCCCUGCUGCUGCUCAGCACCCUGAGUGUUGCUCCGUCGGCAUUCAGUUCCGACACGGAGCAGCAACCACUGGCCCAAUAUCAAAACAGUCUGCCCGACAAUCUCCAACCCGUCCCUAACUAUGACGAUGUCCCAUCAUACCGGAAUUCCCUCCUCUCCCUCCACCGCGCCCUUGUCAACGUCCCCUCCAUCAGCGGCACCGAAGGCGAUGCCGCCCUCCUCCUCGAAAAGGUCCUAACCGAGCUCAACUACACCGUCUCCCUGCAACCCCUCCCCUCCACCUCCACCACCGACCAGCCCCGAUACAACGUACUCGCCUGGCCAGGCCGCAACGCCCGCCGCACUCUGCACAACCGCACCCUCAUCACCUCCCACAUCGACGUCGUCCCUCCCUACCUCCCCUACGCACUAGACGGCACCCCCAUCCCGCCCUCUCACCCACUCAACUUCACCACCCUCCCGCGCAACACCGUCAUCUCCGGGCGGGGCUCCGUCGACGCCAAAGCCAGCGUCGCCGCCCAAAUCACCGCCGCCACCGCCCUCCUCCACGACAACACCAUCUCCCCCAACGACAUUGUCCUCCUCUACGUCGUAGGCGAAGAAACCUCCGGCGACGGCAUGAAGCACUUCUCCCGCUCCCUCUCCACCAACCCACCCCCCUCCACUUCCCCCUCCCACCCCGCCCCGCGCCCCCAAUUCCACGCCGCCAUCUUCGGCGAACCCACCACGAACCUCCUCGCGUGCGGCCACAAAGGCAUCACCACCGCCCUCCUCACCGCGACCGGCCGCGCCGGCCACUCGGGCUACCCGUGGCUGGGCCGCUCGGCGACCGCCCUGCUGAUUCACGCUCUAGAAGCACUCCUGGCCGCCGACCUCGGCGCGAGCGAGCGGUCUUGGGAAUACCACGGUACAAUGUGGGCAGUGCUAGAACGGCGGGGUGGGCGGCGAGAUGUGAUCGCGGCGGAGGCGUAG